AUGGCAAACCAAGAAGACGUCCAUCUCGCUAUUCACUAUGCACAAGAGACCUUUGACUCUGGAGUGUGGUCCAAAGCGCCUGCGAUACACCGUGCUGCUGUCCUCUCCGUAUUGGCCAGGAACUUAGGGGAACGCAUCCACGAGUUCGCGCGCAUAGAGUCAAUGCAAACUGGAAGAGCGAUCCGAGAAAUGACCGCCCAACUGGGUCGUCUUCCCGAGUGGAUUGAUUAUUACGCAGCUCUGCUCCGUACACGCCAGGACUUCGUAGCGCCCACGCAAGGCAAGCUGCUGAAUUACGUGCAGCGAGUACCCCUUGGAGUCGUGGCCCAAAUUACGCCAUUCAACCACCCGCUACUCAUAGCUAUCAAGAAGAUCGCUCCCGCGUUAGCUGCAGGCAACUCUAUAAUUGUGAAGCCAAGCGAAUUAGCUCCAAUAUCAGUGCUCGAGUUCGCUGAGAUGACGAUUGCGGCUGGUGUCCCUCCUGGAGUGUUGUCUGUUCUUCCUGGACACGGAAGAACGAUUGGCAAGGAGAUCGUCUCCAAUCCUCUUAUACGCAAGGUCGAUGUCACGGCCGGAACGGAUACCGGGCGCGCAUUGGGUAGUAUCGUUGGCGCAAAUCUCGCUGCGUAUACGGCAGAGCUUGGUGGCAAGGCUCCAAUUGUAGUCUUCAACGAUGCAGACGUCCAGUCCGCUGUGAAUGGGGCCGCCUUUGCUUGUUUCAUCGCAUCUGGACAAACCUGUGUGUCUGGAACACGGCUCAUCGUGCAGGAUGAGAUAUAUGAUGUCUUUAUGACACUGCUUCUGCAGAAGAUCAAGAGCAUCACUUCCCGCAUGGGCAAUCCCAUGAACCCGGCCUCGACUAUGGGAACGGUCAUCAAUCAUCGGCAGUUGAAGAGAAUCGAGCAACUAGUACAGCGACCAGGGAUUGGAAAGAUAAUUGCGGGUGGUCGUCGGCUGACCGGCCAUUCGCCGCUGGAUGGGUUUGACUUCUCGAGAGGCAGUUUCUUCCCUCCGACAGUCAUCACAGACAUAUCCACGGAAGACGACCUCUGGAGGGAAGAGGUAUUUGGCCCUGUCGUCGUGGUGAAGCGUUUCUCCGAUGAAGAAGAGGGCGUAGUCUUGGCUAACGCGUGCAAGUACGGUCUUGGAGCGGGCAUAUGGACGUCAGAUCUGUCUAGGGCCCACCGUGUUGCCGCUGAAAUCCAGGCUGGUCUCGUAUGGGUCAACACACACCACCGCAAUGACCCCAGCUCUCCCUGGGGUGGGAUGAAAGAGAGCGGAAUCGGGAGGGAGAAUGGCAUCGAAGCACUAGAAGCUUAUUCACAGGCUAAGUCGACCAUUGUUAACAUUGCGUCGUCAGAAGAAACAAGAGAAAUGCAGGAUUGGUUUGCUGAGAACGAUGAGGAGAAGCGUUACGGAUGA